AUGCGUUCUUUACUGCUAGACGUACUAAUCUGUAUUUUACUUGUUAAAGUUAGUAAGAGCGAAAAAAUUACUUUCGAAAAUGUGACAGUCCGGUGGCGUGUUGAUAACGAACUAAUAGAAUCGGUAGCUACAUCUGAGAGUCUUAAGAAAAUCAUUCCUGAUGUAACCCAAGUGUCGGUGCACAUCUUGGGACAUGUUCCCAUCUUGUACGAAAAAUCGAUUUUCGAUAUACCAAAUUUGAACAGACUUAACUUGUCCAAUGUGGGUUUGGAGGAAAUCGAAUCGCAAGCUUUUGGUAACUUACCACCUUUGGAAAAUCUCCUUCUAUCUUGGAACAACUUGACACAAAUCGAAACUGAUACUUUUUCCGAUUUAAAUGUAUCGAAUGUAGAUUUGUCUUUCAACUCAAUCACCCUUCUAGAACCAGGAGCCUUCAAGAAUUUCAACGCUUCUAUCGUGUCACUUGAUAGCAACAGACUCACUGAAUUGUUAAGUGGUGUUUUUGAGAACGUUACUCUUGGAAGCUUGAGUUUGAGUGAUAAUCUUCUCCACACCAUCCCACCAACGGCUCUGUCUUCAAUUGGACUGACAAAAUUGUAUUUGCAUGGGAACAAUUUCGAGGAAAUCGAUCCGGAAGUCUUUGAUCUGCAAGAAUUGGUAUCACUCGAUUUGGAUUACAACUCAAUCAAACUUUUGCGACCUGGUGGUUUGAGAAACUUGCCAGAGUUGAAGAAACUCUGGCUUUCGGGAAACGAGUUGGAAGAAAUCCCAGAAGGGGUUUUCAACAACACCAAACUCAUCUAUUUGUAUCUAGCCGCAAACAAUAUUGUUAAAAUUGCGAGUAAAGCGUUUGAGGACAUGUCUGCGCUUAGAGUGUUGAACAUUGACUUCAAUAAUGUUACACAUUGGGAUGAUAAUUGGCUGAGUGGGGCAAAAUCAGUUUCUGAAGUAUCAGUCAGGUAUAAUUUGAUUACUGAGAUUCCAGACGAAGUAUUCAAGAAUAACUCUCAUGUGACAAGUAUUAAUUUCCAGGGGAAUAAAAUUAGGAAUAUUUCAGCUAAAACGUUUUAUAAAUUAGAACACAUUGAUUAUUUAAACUUGGCCAAUAAUGAGAUUGAUAACUGGAAUCCAGAUUUAUUGGUUGAUGUUAAUGUUGGUACUUUGGAUUUGAAGGAAAAUAAGUUAUCCUGUAUUGAAGGAGAUUUGGAGACAGUUUUCAGAAAUGUUGAAAUUACUCAUUUAGAGAAUAAUCCUUGGAAUGAACAGUGUGUUAAGAAGGUUGAGGAGUUUAUUAUGAACAAGAAGUUGGAUGUAGCUACAUUUGACAGUCUUAAGGAAGUCAUUCCUGACGUAAAAGACGAGGUGACAAUCACUGGAAACGUUCCCAUCUUGUACGAAAACUCGAUCUUCGAUAUACCAAGUCUGUACAGUCUUGAGCUGUCUAACGUAGGUUUGGAAGAAAUCAAACCGGGAGCUUUUGGUAAUGUACCACUUUUGAACAAACUCGUCCUGAAUUCGAACAACCUGACAGAAAUCCAAAGUGAUACAUUUACCGAUCUAAAUGUAGGGUAUAUAGAUUUGUCAUCCAACUCAAUCUUCCUUCUACAACCAGGAGCCUUCACGAAUUUCAAAGCUGAUAAAAUGACACUUGAAAACAACAACCUCACUGAACUUUCAUGUGGUGUUUUUGAAAAUGUUACUCUCGGAAUAUUAAAUUUGGAUAGUAAUUCUCUCUACACAAUCGCACCAAAAGCUCUGUCUACACUUGGAUUGACAAGGUUGAAUCUGUUUGGGAACAAUCUCGAGGAAGUCGAUCCGGAAGUCUUUGACUUGCAAGAAUUGGAAUCACUCGAUUUGGAUUACAACUCAAUCAAGUUUCUGCGACCUGGUGAUUUGAGAAACUUACCACAGUUGCUUUUCCUCCGGCUUUCGGGAAACGAGUUGGAAGAAAUACCAGAAGGAGUUUUCAACAACACCAAACUCACCUACUUGAAUCAAGCUGAAAACCAGAUUGUUAAAAUUGCGAGUAAAGCUUUUGAUGGCAUGUUGGCGCUUAGAGUGUUGAAGAUUGACUCCAAUAAUCUAACCCAGUGGGAUGAUUGGCUGACAUCACCGUCUGCUUCUAUUUUAGUUCGUUUUAAUCAGAUUACUGAGAUUACAGAUGAAGCUUUCAAGAACUAUUCUCGGUUGUUCAAUAUUAAUCUUCAAGGGAAUCGCAUCAGGAAGAUUUCAACUAAAGCUUUUCGGAAAUUGGAACAGAUUCGUUAUUUUAAUUUGGCCGAUAAUGAGAUUGAUAACUGGGAUCCAGAAACAUUGAGGAAUGUUAGCAUUGUUGGUUUGGAUCUCUGUGGAAAUAGGUUAAAGUGUAUUAAAGGAGAUUUGGAAACAAUUUUCAAGAAUGUUCAAAAGAUACGUUUGGAAAAUAAUCCUUGGAAAAAAGAGUGUGCUAAGAAGAUUGCGAAGUUACAGAAAAAAAAGAAGCAGAUACCCGAUUACAAUUUCUUAGAAUAUUGUGCUAUAAGAAAUAUGUAG